GAUCCGGUCGAUUCUAUUCCAUCCUAUGCUAUGUCGAGGAAAAUAUUGAAACAAAUACGUCCCGAUGACAUUAAAGAGUAACAGGUGCCGUCGAGAUCAUUUCGAAAACAUUUUGUUUAAACGUUCGCUUCCCUCGACGAAUUUUUCAAAUUGGAAUGUCGUUUAAAUUCAGCAUCUGGUUUCUUCGAUGGAAUAAUAAUGGUGGCAAAACCGGGCAAGAAUCGCGCGGUUGAUUUAUCGUAUUGUGGACGAUGGGGGAAACGAAGAUCGUAAAAGCAACGAUGUCUAUACUGUGUUACGAACGCAAUUUCACUGAUCAUUAACUCUUCGUUCCUUUUGGUCGAGGCAUUCGUUCGUUGUACAUCGAUUUAUUAAACGUGAAAUGUAGUUGGAGCAAACUUUAUCUUAUCUCUCGGUUAAUCUUAUCUCGUCGUUAUGAAUUUACACGUCUUAUACGCCUGAUCUCGAGAUCGAAAGUGGCCGAAAGUAACCGUCCAAUAGCGGUGCUCCCAGGCGUUUACACGUCAACCCAGCCUACGUGCUAGAACUGAAGGGUCCGGGGAGCACGAAGGCGAGAAGAAAUGAGUUGGACGUGACACAAUGACAUGAUGAAGAGCCUGGUGGGGAUCAUGUGGAUAGUGUUGGUGCUCAUAUCAGGAUGCUCGGGAAAUCCGGAUGCGAAGCGGCUGUACGACGACCUCCUGUCGAAUUACAACAAGCUGGUUCGUCCAGUGGUCAACGUCACAGACGCCCUCACCGUUAAAAUCAAGCUCAAACUCUCGCAGUUGAUCGACGUAAAUCUGAAAAAUCAAAUCAUGACAACGAACCUCUGGGUAGAACAGUCAUGGUACGAUUACAAGUUAAAAUGGGAUCCAAAGGAAUAUGGUGGGGUGGAAAUGCUGCACGUGCCAUCCGAUCAUAUAUGGAGGCCCGAUAUAGUUUUAUACAACAAUGCCGAUGGUAAUUUCGAGGUGACGCUGGCAACGAAGGCGACGCUGAAUUACACGGGGAGGGUCGAAUGGAAGCCACCGGCCAUAUACAAGUCCUCUUGCGAGAUCGACGUAGAAUACUUUCCGUUCGACGAGCAAACGUGCGUCAUGAAGUUCGGCUCGUGGACUUACGACGGCUUCCAGGUUGAUCUUCGACACAUCGACGAAAUUCAUGGUAGCAAUGUCGUCGACAUCGGCGUUGAUCUGUCCGAGUUUUACACUUCCGUCGAGUGGGACAUCCUCGAAGUCCCAGCCGUGCGAAAUGAAAAAUUUUACACGUGUUGCGAUGAGCCCUACCUCGACAUCACGUUCAACAUCACCAUGAGACGGAAGACUCUGUUUUACACCGUCAAUCUUAUAAUACCGUGUAUGGGUAUCUCGUUUCUCACGGUGUUGGUCUUCUAUCUGCCAAGCGACAGUGGCGAGAAGGUCAGCUUAUCAAUUUCAAUUCUACUGUCGCUGACUGUGUUCUUCCUUCUGCUGGCCGAAAUUAUCCCGCCCACAUCGCUCGUAGUACCGCUUCUUGGUAAAUUCGUCCUUUUCACCAUGAUCCUAGACACCUUCAGUAUAUGCGUAACCGUGGUAGUCCUCAAUGUUCACUUCCGGUCGCCACAGACGCACGUGAUGGCACCAUGGGUCCGUCGUGUUUUUAUUCAUGUUCUGCCAAGACUACUGGUGAUGCGCAGGUAUAAUACGCCUUCGAAGAGAUCCGAUUAUGAUUCCAGGCCGCAAUACCAGAUAGAUAAACGUAGCAUGAGUAGUCAUCAUGGUCAACGAGUAAUGGUCAGAACGUGCAAUGGUCUCGAAUUGCGAGAUCCGUCACUUUUUGUAGAGACUUCAGCUUCGGAGCUGGUUGAAUCUUCCGUUUUGUUCCCGAGUCUCGAUUCGCGGGACGAAUUACACCCUCGGGAAUUAGAAGCUGUGAAUUUAGGAAGUGCGUGUCGCAUUCACGGUUCACCAGCGACCACGGCUGCUCCUCCACCGCAACUGCCGACCGAGGAGAGCGUGGACGCUCUCUGUAACACUCUUCAUCAUUGGCAUCACUGCCCAGAAAUAUAUAAAGCUAUCGAAGGCAUUCGUUUCAUUGCUGAUCAUACGAAAAGAGAAGAGGAUUCUACCAGAGUCAAGGAAGAUUGGAAAUAUGUCGCGAUGGUGCUUGACAGGCUAUUCCUUUGGAUUUUUACAUUAGCCGUAGUCGUCGGUACGGCAGGAAUCAUCUUGCAGGCACCAACGCUUUACGACGAUCGCAUUCCCAUUGACGUACGACUGUCCGAGAUCGCUUCCACCACUGCCAAGCCACACAUCGUUACGAGUCUCUGAAAAACAAUUGUUCAAUUUCGUUAUCUUCACAUACAACGCAUGCUCACAUACAUGCGUUUAUACACCUACAUAUAUAUAUAUAUAUGUAUAUGUAUAUGUAUAUAUACAAUGUAUUACGCAACAACGUAAAAACAAAUACGAAAUGCGUUCACGUUGACCAGGGACUCUAUGAAGAAUACCCAUAUACUAUCAAUCAUUUUGAUAGUACUUAUAGAUUGUACAGAAAGUCUGUUAGUGUUAAUUGAUAACUUACACUGAUCGUCAUUUUGCUAGAUCCGAAACGGCUGAUAUGUUAAAAUAUUUCUAAUACUAUUAAAGAUAUUUCUAUUUCUAUCGCUUAAAUCUCGAUUCAUUAUUGGUAUCGGAUAUUGAAGUCAGUUCUUUUGAUUCUCAUAAUUGCAAUUAUUUUUUUUUAAAUUGAUUGGUGUGUAAUACAACAAUGACAUAAAUAUACAUUGGAAUAAACAUUAGUAAAUGUUUAAGUAUCCAAAUAUUUUUAGAUUUUAUUCAAAUUUAAGAAAUUCUAAUAUUCUUGCGAAUACUAUUGAAAUAGAGAUUUUACGUCCCUGGUAUAAACGACUGAAAGACUGAAGCCUCGGUGAGUCUUCGACUUUUCGUGUGAAUUAUAUGACUAAUGGCCAAUUAACUGCUGUUUGCCCGCUCGAGGCGAGGAUUCUCAAAGCAUACGCACACAAGCGGUCAUACAUAGGAAUAAAACUAACAAAAAUGAAUGAAAAUUAGAUGAAACGGAACUGGAAUAAAUGUAAUUAAACAUAUUUUUUGACCUUGAUUGCAAUCUUUGAAAAUUAUAUUUCUAAAUAAUGAUGAUAAAUUUCUUUUGUUUACACAUAAAAGAUUAAAAUUCGUAUUGUAAUGGUCAAGAAAUAUGUUUUUGCAUAAAAGUUGAAAGAUAAGACUUUUGACUAGUGAUUUUAUUAUUAAUAUUACAAACGAACGAAAAAUAUGUAGAACGAUCAGGUUGUCAAAAUAUGUACACAAUAUAGAAUUAAUACGGAGAGACUUAAAGAGGGUUCGAUUUUAUGCCAGUUGCAUUCACGGUACAGUUGUGAUUCUUUAGAAAAAUAAAUUGAUAAACGUAUUACAUUAGAUGUUACCAUUUCAAGGGUGAUUGAGAACAAUAGAUAUAAAAAACUAAACAUAUAAUAUUUAUUUGUUGUUUAUAAAUGUUUAAAGUAACAUUAAUGUUCCAUUAACUUGAAAAAAAAUUUCAAAGAACACUAUUUUGUAAUUAUAUCGCAUUAAAGUGUUCUCAUAUGUUAUUAAAUACGAAGAAAAAAUUAUAAAAAAAUGUGGGACCGAAGUGUUAUAUUUUACACAAAGUAGUUUCAAAUUGAAAUGAGCUUUAAAAUAAAGAUCGAUCAACGAUAAAUUAAAGCAAUUGUAAAAAUUAUAUAAAAAAAGGAUCACAAUCAUUGACAUGUAUAUGGCAUGGAAUUCGAUAAAGCCUGUUGCAGACUCAGGAAGGAAGAGAACAAUUUCUAAAGUUUACAUCGAGCCUGUAACAAUGGGGCCAUAUUUUCACAAAAUAAAAAACAAGGAAAAGAAUAGAGAACGAAAUCGCGUGUCUCUCUAGGUAUGAAGUUGUAAAUUCUAAAUAUUUGCAUCCAUAUAAAGCGCGCAAAGUGGCGAUAAGAAAAGCAAAUAAGAAAAAAAAGAAGUGUUGGGCCUAAGAAAGUUUCACUGACUCAACUUUUAUUGCUCAUAAUACGUAAUAUGUUUGUAAUAAGGUACACUUUCGUAAUUACGUUCGUUCCAGACCACCGACGAACUGUGAGAUGUUUAUUACACAUAUUAACAUGGCGUGCAUGAAGGGACAAGAAAAUAAAAUGAAAUGCACGAAGAAAAAUGAAAACGUUGCAACUGUUUAUUAUUGCAAUCGCGUUCUGAAUAAUUUACUGUCUUCCUAAACUACGAAAUUAAUGACUUACUUUUGAUGACAACAGUCAUGUGUUUGCGAUUUACUGUUGUUUCAGCCCAAUAAACUUGCAAAAAAUAAAAUAAAAAAAAUUAUAAAAACAGGAAAAUAAGUAGAGCCUGAUUGGUAAAAUUAUUAUUAAUUAAGUAUAUAUCCAGAAUUUUAUGUCUUAAGAGUGAAGCUUAAAAAUUCUUUCGACAAAAAUUCUUUUUUGAUCGCUGAUCAUAGAUUUUUUAACUUAGUCCUACCAUUCGGCUUAUCGUCUAUAUCACGACGAACUACUAAUGCCUGCCAGUAAUUAACAAAAGUACAUUGGAAAAGAAAAACAUUUUGACAAUUUUGUAUGCACUAUUUCGAAGAAAUCUAAUCAAUGAAUUAUUCAAUAAUAUAAAUUCUUCCAAUAAAUUUUAUCAUUAUUGUGAUUAAUAAUAAAAUAUUUCUUUUAAAAAUGUUAACAAUAAGAAAAGUUUCAAAGAAACAAAAAAAAUUAAAAUUAUCUCUGGCUGGCGUCAUGACAUUGAUAUGGAUUUUACAUAUGGAUCUUAUGUUUAUUAAUAUUUUUUUAAUUUAAUUUUUUGUUGUUUGAGAGAGAGCGUGAAAGAUCUGAAUGAAUGUAUGAAGAAUAAUAAUGAAACAAAAAAAAAAAAAACAAAAAGUAGAAAAAAAGAAAGAAAAGAGAAACUGAUUAUAUGUUAUUACGAGGAAAUAAGCGCAGUGAUAGUUACUCAACAAAUUGAUAUUAACAAGGCAUAUGAUGCUGCUGCCAUACUGAAUAGGAUUUUAUUCAAACAUUCGUUUAUAAUAUUUUUCAUUAAAUUGUAUAACAUCGUGGAACAAUUCAGCCUAAAUACAUGUACUAUAUUUUAUUGACACAGUCCAAAAUGAUCAGAAAUAAAACUUUAUAUAUCUAGGAA